CUUCAUCAUUGCCUCACUCUUUGUAAUCAAAUCACUCUUUCCAUCCAUCGGGCGACAUGGAUCUGCGUCAUGACCUAUUGGCAACAGGAACAGAGCAUCAAUGGAAGAACACAAUUCGUUUGCACUGUAUUUCUACGCGGAAGAGCCUCUGGCUCAUGAAACUACUCCGUCGCAAUGAGUCGCUAUCAGCAGCAGAGUUCAGCUAUCACUUCAAUCUCGACCGCAGCAUACAACGAAUCCUCGGACGAAGAGGACACUCUACCAUACCCGGCCCCUCUACCUCGCAGUGAUUUCCUCGAUCCCGAAUUCGACCCCUCGGCAUAUCUCUCCACACUGCGAAACCGGCAUCAGACUCUUGAGGAUCUGCGUGGCGACCUCCGCUCGCGUAGUCAACUACUGAACAAGGAGCUGGUAGAUUUGAUCAAUGGCAAUUACGAGGAAUUCCUAAGCCUUGGCGAGGACCUCAAGGGCGGCGAGGAGAAGGUUGACAGCAUCCGCCUCGGGGUAUUGGGCUUCCAGAGAGAGAUCGAAGGAGUUCGCAAGGCUGUUCAGGGUCGUUUAGGGGAAGUUGAUACGUUGUUGGAGGAUAAAAAAAGAGUCAGGAGGGACAUCGUUCUGGGACGAUCGCUGUUGGAUAUUGAGGCUCAAGUCACGGAGCUAGAGGAGUCUCUGGGCCUACAAGGCGAUGUCGAGGACAUCGGUGGCGACGACGACGACGACAAUGAUUUCGACGAAGAAGGCGACGAUGACGAAGACGAGCCGAGCCAUGUCAACGGAACUAGUAGUAUAACGGUAUCUUUGCGCAAGCUCCAAACACAUGCCCAGAGCUUCAUUGUCAUCGAGCGGAUGAUACGGCGCGUUGGGCGUGAACACCCGUUUUUAGUUGCUCUGCAGCCCAGAAUGAUGGAGCUGCAGAAGACGAUCCUCUUAGACCUUGCCACUGCGCUACGACAAGCCAAAGCAUCAAAAACGCCCGACGUUGUUUUGACUCUCAUGAGGCUAUACGGCGAUCUCGGUGCUGAAGCUGAAGCCGUCAAGAUCUUGAAAGCUAGCUAAGAGUGUUUCAAUUCUUGAAAAGCUAAAGGUUUACUGGUACGACUCAUCGCUUUGCAGACCUGCGGCGAUAGCUGCGCGAGUAGCUACACAUCAGUCGCAUUGCCAUUAACAAGAGUGAAUGAUGGGAAGUCAUGCCUGUGGAUUCACUCGCAUCGUCUCAAUCACGGCAGACAGUGGACGGAACAA